AUGUCAGAACAUUACCCAUCUGAUGCCCCUCCAUUCGACGCACAUCAAUCGGAUGAUGUGCAAUCAGUGCCUGAUAUCUCUGAACGGCAUGGAUUUGAUUCACCUACCUCUGAGGGACAACGAACCAAAACCGAUGGAUAUGAAUCACCUACCUCUGAAGGACCACGUUCAGUUUCUCUUCGCGGCGAAUUAAUGGAAACAGAACCAUCGGACCCUCCGGAUUCUGAUGACUCUUUUGUCAUACCUCUCAGCGAGAUUGAUCGAGGUGAGCGAGUCUCUUGCAUCAUUGAUGCUAUCCUAGAUCAAGACAUGACUGUACGACAGUUUAUUGGCGAGGUUAGACCCACACCCUAUACGCUCAUCAACCCAACCUGCACUCCAAAUCAAAGGCAGAUUGUCAUUAGGAGCAUCGACGCCAUCAACUACAUGCGCAGUCAAAACUUGAACGUUGAAGAGUUCAUCCACGCUAUACUUGAUCGUACCAACGAGGAUCUCUGGCCACAUCAGGCUUCCUUUCGUGGCACUGGCAUAUACUCUUGUGCGGUCAUUCAAGGCAUAUUUAUUGGCCUGCGCAACCAAAUCUGCGGCGCCGGAAAUGAACAGGGAAUAUGGUGUGAGCUGAUCCAAUGGGAGGCUAAUGACUUGCGGAUCAUUGUGGCGGAGAAUCCCUCUCCAUGGUGA